CGCUAAAGGUCGUGAACCAUCGAUCCAUGAUCCAUCCAUGCUGGGCCUUUCCAAUCACACGAUCAUUUCCCCGACUUGCCACGAGGUCGCGUUCUAUGACAUCUGAAAAGAUCCGCUCCCUCCCUCACCUGAACCCAGGUGAGGCGUCCUUGUUGGACCUUGCGACCGACGAUCCUCGCGAUGCCGUAUCUCUGUCCGAAAGAGAGGCCUCGAUCCUGCAGCUUUAUCAGCAAAUCCAGGAACAGCAAUUAGAGAAAGCGCUACUGGAACAAGACACGGAUUUGCUCUCUGGGGACAAUGCUGAAGAGCAAUUAGCCGUCGCAGAACGUGAGCUCCUCGAGGCGAGGGCCACUUACACCGUCAGGAGGAAAGCUGUCGGAACCGUUCUUAUGACUGAUCCAGUUCUCAAGGCUGUUCAUCUGAAAGCGACGACGCCAGCUGAACAGGCUCUCCUUCGGCUCAUUAAUCGUCGUGAUGUGCUAUCUUUAGCGCAUGAAAAUCUAAAUUCUGCACAUAGCGCGACUCUCCGAAAGCUUUCCAGCUUGGAGGUAGAAACUUCACAGCUCCACCGGAAGAACCAAGAGCUAGCCCGUGAGCUAUUAGCACUUACGGAGGAUGAUGAAUCAUGGAGAGAGGACCUGGAAGACGCGGAGCUCAAGGCCCAACUAGAGCAACUAGAGGCGGAUCGUAGAAAAAGCAAAGCCAAAUGGGAGACCAUGAAAAACGUCGCAAGUGGCAUAGUUGUUGGUAGCGGAGUGAACUGGGCGGAGGACGCAAGACUCACGGCUCUAGUCCUUGACGAAUCCGAUGAUUGAUAUACGGAGUACACAGUGUUGGGAAUUGGCUGCGGCCAUUCUAUUUGGACGUGCUGCAUUUACUUGGAUAUGGCGUUGUGACGGUAUACCCUUGACUAAUCGAUAGAGCUACAUACAUAGUACAUAUA